UCAUCACUAGGCGACAAAAACACAGCACACUGCCUCUGUCGGUACCAUAUAUUUCACACAAGAUUACAUCAGGCAUCCCAGUGGCGACAUACACACUGGAAGGUGGGAGUCAUGCUUCAGAAGGUGGAGGAAAAGAAGGCACAGAAAGGGGGAGGAAAGAAGAGGAGGCACCCUGGUGAGGAGGGGGAAGGAGGACAGAAGAAGAGGAAGGGAGGUGAAGAAGGAAGGAAAGGUCAGGGAGACGGGGGCAAGACGCGCCUCGAUGCCCUGAGUGUGGGCUACUUCCGCCGAGUUGGAGAAAGACUCGGUGAAGGAUUCGAGGAGGACGAAGAGAGAGUGAUGUUUGUGGAGAAUGUACUCACAGAGGUAAAAGGCAAGGCAGUGCUGGUGGCCAUGGACAGAACAGGAAGUGUGACUCUCCAGCGGCUGCUCCCAUUGGCCAGUCCUGACCAGGUGGGGGCGGUGCUGGCUGAGCUGGGCGGAGAAUCGGGUUCGGAGUUCAAGACGGUUUCGUGCGACCGAUGUGGGGGUCACGUAGUGGAGAGCGCACUCAGACAGAUGUCUAGAUGGACAGAAUCAUCACAGCAGGAGCCGCCCACCACCACAGAAGAAGGAGAGGAGCCUUGUGGAGCACUGGAGGCCCAGGUGUUGUCUUUAAGUCAGGUGGUGAGAGACAACAGCGCAGAGUUCAUCAAGCACACGCACGGCUCACACGUGGUCCGGACACUGCUGAACGUGUUAGCAGGCUGUGUGGCACCACCCCGCACUGAAUCCCGUCCAGGUGCAAAAGAGCGCAGUGUUGCCCCUCAGCUGACAGACUUUGAGGCUCCCACUUCGUUUUGGUAUGAGCUGAAGAGCCUCACCGAGACCUUGAUGAACAACAUAAACUUAAGCGUGACAGACGCUGUUGCCAGUGCGGUGUUUCAGACCAUGUUGACUACGUGUCACAGAAAACGACCAAAACUCUGCAAACAGCUCCUCAGGGGCAUCAUGGAGUACCUGACAACUCGCAGCGCUGCUCCCGGAGUCAGUCCGCUUCUGGUCUUUCUCAAAGACCAGGCCUCUAGUCGCCUCAUCGAGACAAUCAUCUUGCUAUCCCACAAGGCCAUUCUGCGUGACCUCUACAAGAACCAUCUCAAAGGUCAGCUGGUCAACUUGGCUCUUCAUCCAGUCGCCAACUUCCCCAUACAGAGACUAACUGCAGCCUCAAGCAAAUACAAAAUGUUCUUGAGGUUGUUUGAUGAGCUGGUGCAGGGCGUGGAGGCCAUCUUGGCUGCAGGUCACAUGGGUGUGAUCGUCCAGUUGGCUGAGAGCUGCGCAGAGAGUGGAGAGAAACAGGGCGAGAUGAUGCAGUGCCUUCUCCAUGCGUUCCACUGUGCCGAGCCUGGCACUCGACACACCAGCUGCCUCCCCCUCUUCAUGUCUCUGCUCACCUAUGAAGUGUACUACCACUCGGACACAGCAGAGGGCAGCAUACAGACCGAGGUGCCUUUGGCCUCUAUCUGUUACCACGGUUCCCGUCUGGUCCAGGCACUGGCCAAGUUCAAGGAGCGCUCGCUCCUCCUGAACAGCCUGCGCUCUCUGACCCCUGCUGACCUCCUGACCCUGGCCUGCGACCCCUCGGGCAGCCACGUCCUCCAGGCCCUCAUCACCACAUCCAGUGACAAGGGCAGGGGCAAGAUCCUCAAGAGGCUUGAGGGCCAAUAUGUCCAGAUGGCCUGCUCCAGGUUGGGCAGCCGGGUGCUGGAAGCAGUGUGGAACAGCGCUUCAGUCAGUCAGAGGCAAAGCAUCGCACAGGAGCUAGUGCCGAGUGAAACCCAGUUGAGGUCUGACCAGUUUGCUCGCCACGUGUGGGCCAAGUUUGCCCUUUCACACUUCAUGAACAGACGAGCCCACUGGCAGGAAAUCCAGACCGGCCAGUCCAAGAAAAGGAAGCUUUUCAGUGACAUUCUUGAGUGA